GGGGAGGGGAGAGGGGAGUGUUGGAGGCGCCGGAGCCGAGCCCGGACGGCCGGCCGGGCGGGGAGAAGGAGGAGCCGGGGCGGGCUGGCGGGCGGCCGGGUGGCGGCGGCGGCAUGGCGGAGCCGAGCGGGGCCGAGACGAGGCCCCCCAUUCGGGUCACCGUCAAGACCCCCAAGGACAAGGAGGAAAUUGUGAUCUGCGAUCGAGCCUCGGUCAAAGAGUUCAAAGAGGAAAUCUCCCGGAGAUUUAAGGCUCAGCAGGAUCAGCUGGUCCUGAUCUUCGCAGGCAAGAUCCUCAAGGAUGGGGACACACUGAACCAGCAUGGGAUCAAGGAUGGGCUCACUGUCCAUCUGGUCAUCAAGACCCCUCAGAAGGUUCAAGAUCCGGCUACUGCCACUGCUUCUUCCCCUUCCACUCCAGACCCAGCCUCAGCGCCCUCCACCACGCCUGCUUCACCCGCCACUUCUGCUCAGCCCUCCACUUCUGGCAGUGCCACUUCGGAUACUGGCAGUGGAAGCCGAAGGAGCAGUGGCGGGGGUACCUCCCCAGGGACUGGGGAGGGACCUCCCAGUGCCACUGCAUCCAUACUCUCUGGCUUUGGGGGCAUCCUGGGCCUGGGCAGCCUGGGCCUGGGCUCUGCCAACUUCAUGGAGCUGCAGCAGCAGAUGCAGAGGCAGCUGAUGUCCAAUCCUGAGAUGCUGUCACAGAUCAUGGAGAACCCCCUGGUCCAGGACAUGAUGUCUAACCCCGACCUGAUGCGCCACAUGAUCAUGGCCAACCCCCAGAUGCAGCAGCUGAUGGAGCGGAACCCCGAGAUCAGCCACAUGCUUAACAACCCUGAGCUCAUGAGGCAGACGAUGGAGCUUGCUCGGAAUCCAGCCAUGAUGCAGGAGAUGAUGCGGAACCAGGACCGGGCCCUAAGCAACCUGGAGAGCAUCCCUGGAGGGUAUAAUGCCCUCCGCCGCAUGUACACGGACAUCCAGGAGCCCAUGUUUAGCGCUGCCCGGGAACAGUUUGGCAACAAUCCCUUCUCUUCCCUGGCCGGGAACUCCGACAGCUCAUCCUCCCAGCCUCUGCGGACUGAGAAUCGAGAGCCCCUCCCUAACCCCUGGAGCCCCUCGCCCCCCACCUCCCAGGCCCCCGGGUCCGGUGGGGAGGGCACCGGAGGAUCGGGGACCAGCCAGGUGCACCCGACAGUCUCGAACCCCUUUGGGAUCAAUGCGGCUAGCCUGGGGUCAGGGAUGUUCAACAGCCCGGAAAUGCAGGCCCUCCUCCAGCAGAUCUCUGAGAACCCCCAGCUGAUGCAGAAUGUGAUCUCAGCCCCUUACAUGCGCAGCAUGAUGCAAACGCUUGCCCAGAACCCCGACUUUGCUGCUCAGAUGAUGGUGAACGUGCCGCUCUUCGCGGGGAACCCCCAGCUGCAGGAGCAGCUCCGCCUGCAGCUCCCAGUCUUCCUGCAGCAGAUGCAGAACCCGGAGUCACUCUCCAUUCUUACCAAUCCCCGAGCCAUGCAGGCGCUGCUGCAGAUCCAGCAGGGACUGCAGACCUUGCAGACCGAGGCCCCCGGACUGGUACCCAGCCUUGGCUCUUUUGGGAUGUCCCGGACCCCAGCCUCCUCUACAGGCAGCAACGCUGGGUCUGCGCCUGAGGCCCCCACCUCCUUGCCAGCCCCGCCAGCCACAUCCUCUCCAACAGGGGCCUCCAGUGCUCAGCAGCAGCUCAUGCAGCAGAUGAUCCAGCUUUUGGCUGGAAGUGGAAACUCACAGGUGCAGACGCCAGAAGUGAGAUUUCAGCAGCAGCUGGAGCAGCUCAACUCCAUGGGCUUCAUCAAUCGUGAGGCCAACCUGCAGGCCCUGAUCGCCACAGGAGGGGACAUCAACGCAGCUAUCGAGAGACUCCUGGGCUCUCAGCUGUCCUAAUCCCUCCGCCCAUGCCUCCUGCCUGUCCUGUCCCUUGAUGCCAGCGUUUGGUUCCGACCCUCUGCAGCUUGUCAUCCCUUCUGUCUUCUCCCUUGUCCUCUCCAGACGGCAGGGUGACUUUAGAGGCGUGGGCCCCAGCCCCGUAGCUCUGAGAAUUCCAGUUUUACUUCUGCACCUCUUGUAGAACCUUCUCUCCUGGUCCUGCUCUAGCAGAGCUAUUUAAACAGUUCUCACAGUUUUGUUGAUUGGCCCCUCCUCCUUGGCCCUCCCCGCCUUCACCUUUGCAACCUUCAGACUUCUCAGUGGCAGUGCAGAGCUGAAGGAGGAACCGACUCUCUGCUUUACUGGAACAGGGUCUUCCGUCUGUACCACUAGGGUUUUGAUUGUCUUAUGUUUACUUUUGGUAACUCUUCCUUCUUUCUCUCCCCCAUCCCUUCCCACCUCUAGCCUAACCAAUGCUAGACUUCCAUGCUCUGAAGGAGGGGCAGGUGAAACAGGCUGUGAUUUUCCUCCUCACCCCCUGUUCUGUUCACUUCACCCAGCACUUUUUCAUGGGGUCUGUUGGGACUUCCAGAGGAAGGAAGAUGCCUGUUCUCCCCGUCUGAAGGGAGAGGUGAGACACAGCCCUUUGGAGCACGAAUUAACAGGCCCUGGACCAGCCCAAUGAGGGGAGGAGGGAAUGAGAUUUUCUGGAGGAAGGCAAUCAGGGAAAGAGCCUGAGUAGAGGACUUGGAAGUUGGAACUGACAGUUAGGGAAUGGAAGAACUAAUAGUUCUUUUAGGCCGGAGAGUCCAGGCUCAGGCCUGGCAAAGGAGACUUAAGAGAUGUUAGCGGAAUUUGAGUGGAAGAAAAGGGCUCAAUGAAGCUAAACAAUACGGCUCACAAGGGGUUAUGUUGGUUCCGUUUCCGCAAACACACAUGCUUAUAUAUAUACACACACAUUUCCAUGAACCCAGGACCUGUCUGUGUCUCCAGGUACCAGUAAUUUAAGCUCCCCUCAAAAGACAUGAAGAGGAUUGGGGUCUGUCUUAGCAGUGGGUGUGUGUGGGGGUGGGUGGGUGCAUGCAUGCAUGCACACACACAUGUGCAUGUGAGUUGAGUGGGAGGGUGGAUCCCUUGUCGAUUUCUGGUUUAUUUAGAGUUUUCUCCCACCAGAGAAAAGUAGGCAAAAGGGCCAGUCUAGGUCAGGAAUAAAUACAGCCUGGAGAGCUAGAUCCCCUGGGCUUCUGGAUACUGGGUAAGCCAAGGGUAGUGUGGGUACCUCUUCUGAAGCUGUCAGGGCUGUGACCAGCACCCUUAUUACCCCUCCCCGCAUUGCUUCGGGAAAUAGUAGGGGAGGAGUCUUUCCCUCUAGAACCCCUGACCUUUGGCGUCUUAGCUCCUGCCCUUUGAGUUUUCACUGUUUCCCUCCAGGCCAGAAAGUUCUAUUUGAGGAAGGAAAGGAGAGGGCAGCAAUGAUGCCUUUGAUCUGGAAUUGGACAUUGCUCUAUUGGAGCACAGAGGAGGCUCGUAUCACCUCCUCUAUCUGCUACUUAGCCCAGCUGCUUGGAGGAUCCAUUGCUGGGAAUAUGGAGGCAAGAGGAACAGAAUUUUCUCCAAGUGGGAAAGGGUCUCAAGCAGUCCAGAGAGGAUGUCUGUGUGGCUUUCCCUCCCUACCUCCCCCAACUCCCACACUGGCCUUUGUAAAUAAAUGGUGUGGUCUUUGUUGUGA